AUGAAACAAGUAGACAGAGGCCAGAGUCGUGGCCCGGACCCAAACUACCUCCAGGAAAACCUGGUAGAAGGACCUACAGAUGGUGAACAACAUACCGACACCACCGUAUCAGCAUCCCAACGGUCGCUGGGAAUAAAUACGCACCACGACGAGGACUUCGCUCCUCCAGACAGUGACUGUUCUGUUGUUGUGCCGCCAAGAACAGUAGAAGAAGCAGACGGUGGUGGAGAGAGUGAUGAAAAAAAUUCCUCCAGUGUAGUUCAACGUCUUGGGCGCCAUGCAGACCACAUCAAUGCAGAUGCUGCACAAGAAGAGCCAUCUUCUUGUCGCUUCAGCUUCGUUUUAACGGAUGAACACAUUGGCACGCGCGAUUUAUGCAUUGCAAAAGUAUCGUACUGGUAUAAAUCGCAUGACAAAUCUCCUCAGCUUGAGAAAGAAAAUUUGUAAUGCCGAUUUACCUUGAGAGUGAGAUUUGUAAUGCGUGACUGCGAUUAAUUCUCAAUACGGAUGCGAUACUUUUGCACUGGAUACGAUUUUAUCCAUCCCAAAACUUUCUCCUGUUUGCUGGAAGCCAACUGUAUUCCGGUCAUCUGGGGUAGCCGGAACUUAGCUGAGCUGCUGCUUUCGAGGAACAAGAAGAAAACCAGUGGAUCGACUUUUGAUCAUGCGGAAGUACUAGAUCCGGUCGGCUGGAACACGCGGAAGCGGAUCGGACACGAAUGGCAGCAGCGGGACCACAAGCACCCACCCCCGCAAACACAUUCAUACUAUCUCGACCUGUCAGAAGACUUUGCGACGCUUUGGGAUGCGGUUUGGUAUUUUGAACAUUUUUCUUCUACUGUAACAAACUCUACUGGUCAAGAAGAACACCUUGCUGUGGGACGAGUAACAGAUGCGCAAGAGGACCACCUCCAGCCUACUGUACACCUAUCCGAUCUACGUACUACAACAAAGCGGAAGGAGAAGCAGGGCGGAGCGGAGUUCCUAACAUCAACCAGCGUUGUUCCUCCCAGGCCGGAAGAACUGCUUGACGCGAAACGGUUCCUCCGCCUAUCGCCGAGGAUCGCAAAGUUUACAGUGUGCGGCACAGAUGAAGACGAGGACGACAAUUUUGCACCAGGUAGUAGUACGACCAAGGCGUCCUCUACCUCCUCCUUCCCCGAAAUUGUUGUGGAUCAUCUUCGAGAGGAGCCCUCUUCCGACCGUGUUGCCUUCUCCACCGCCCUGUACAUGAAUCUGCGCUACAAGCACGUUCUUCCGCAC